AUGGCAGCGGCGGGCUCUGUGCAAGAUGAGGAGAGAACUUUUGCAACUGUCUUCCCUGACUCCUCGAAGCUUGACGCCUAUGGCAUGGCCCUAGAAGAUAUCGCGGUCUUUGAAGAGGCUGGCUUCCAGCGAGAUCAAGUUGGCAUGCUGGCCACUUAUGGCUUCGUGGAUUUUGCGGGAGUGCGCACUUUGCUUCGAGGCAUAGCCGAGCGCUUGCGUCCAGGGUCUGGCGAUCUUCCUCAGGCGCUGGCCGGAAUGCAUUUCCUGGAUCUUGGUUCCGGGGACGGCCGUGCAGUUAUUGGUGCCGCAUUGCUGGCGCCGACGCUUGCGGAGUCCAGGGGGGUAGAACUGUCUGUGUCCCGGCAUGAACUGGCGGUCCGAAACAGGAGCCGGCUGCCGAAAGGGAUGCAGGACAUCGUACGGUUUCAGCAGAUCGACAUUCUGCAGGUAGAGCCUACUCGUCUUGGUGCCACUGAAAUUGUGUGGCUGGCCAAUCUGCGUUUUCCAGAUGAGACGGUGGAGGCCAUCAACCAGUACUUGGAGAUGCACUGUGCACGAGACGUAGAUGCGGUCGUUGCGACACUGCGCGAAUGUUCUUUUCGGCGCCCGCACGAAGCAUGGACAAUGGAGGUCUCCAUGAGCUGGAACCCACAGGGGUGGCCGGUCUUCUGCUACCUCUUGCCGCGUGCAGAAAACCGUAAGUGGCCAUGCUGGACGUGA